AUGAAAUCGUCAGCACUUGUCUCUGGAGAGGAGAGGCGCCUCGGUACCAUACUUGAAAAAUCAAGCCGCAGCAGUAGCAUAUAUGAAACAAGUGAAUCAUCGACACUACAUAUACACUCGAAUGGAUUUUCUAGCAGACAUGAAGGACCGUUUACACAAUUUUCGGAUGGGUUGGCCACACAAGAGGAAGCGCUCGAGCCGAUCGGCGGCGGCAGCAGCAGCGGCAGCGAGAAGUCGACUAGCGGAGCUGACCGUCGACGACGAGCACCACCCGUUCCGGAAGAAGAACCGGCGGCCAUGUACGAGGAUUGGCCAACGCUUGAAUUUCCCGACCUCACUAAGUCCAUUCUUGACUUGUUCACCAAGACUACCAGUGAAUCCGUCUCGGCGUCGCUGUUAUAUGAACUGACUCGAUCCGAUAGCGAAGAAGGCGAUCAAGUCUCCAUUAGGCUUGUCACAGAUGAUCAGCUGAGGUGGUGUAUGCAAGUCUUGAAUCAUUCCUUGACGCUCUCGUUCUACACUCAUCGAGAAUAUGAGACAAUUCGUGGUGCUGUGCGGAUCUACUUGCACUGGUUGCAAGCUCUUUCGGACAUUCCGGAUGGAAAUAUACCGAGGCCGCUAUUGGACACACCAGAGAAAUAUUUUAGGAACAUUAUUGAUGCACUACGAAACUUAUUCUGCCGUCGGAGUGAAGUGAAGGGAGAGGUUCCUCGAGGGUUGGCUAUUGAACGACAAGCUCGUGAAGUGGAGACUGUAUUGGAUGCUGUCAGGGCGUUGACACACUCAGCGAGUCGAAAAUACCAAAAUGAAGUAUGGGCUCGAACUCUCAGCUUCCUUCUGAAUUCGGCUGAUUUGUUACUAGCAGAUCCUCUUUCUCCUGAGGAGAUGGGUAUGCGAGUAGGCUCUCGAGUAGUAGAUACUCUUUUUGAUUUAUGGUUUCAUGCUGUGUUAAAUGAGGAAAUACCUUCGCCAACAUACUGGCGAACACUCGCAGCUCUUUGUCGCCGAUGGAGACAUCACGUAACAGUAGUUGAGUCAUGGGCCCGAAAGCUGUUAGCGUUAACCGUACUGGUUUGUCGAUACAUGUACGGCGAGGACUAUUGUAAGAUCCCUAUACAUGACGAAAGCAUCACACCAUUUGCUUACCUGCCUCCUGCCGAAGAUGAAGACGAUCUGUUGUAUCAAAGCUGGCGCAAUUUCUACUCGCUCAUGGAUUCGCCAGCAGAUAUUCUAGCCCACGAUCCAGCUCACAAUAAGCCGAUAAAUGGAGGUGUCUCGCAAGCUGAGGAAAAUAAUGUAGACAUCCCACCACCAUCCUCGCUCCCUCUAUGCUUCUUCUUAGCGACAACAGCAUUGCAAAGAAUGAUUGACGUCUUUUAUGGAGAUGGGCAUGUAUCAAUUGAGUUCAAAGAGUCGGACAUAUUGAUAAGGAAAUGGAAUAUGAAUGCUCCUACCCCGCAACCAUCGCUCACUUCUGUAGAGCCCCGCAGAAGCGACUUUGGACACGAAAGAACCUUGACGGUAAUGGAAUCCACAGAUGGAACGCUGACUCACGCCGACCAGCGAGCCUCGUUUUCAUCUUCUACAAGUGGAAAAGAGGGCAGAAGUAUGUCAGAUGUAGUGAAAAGAACGAAAACAAGACAUUCGGAUCGUGGACAACACUUGGAAGAAGUUAGUGGAACCAACGUAAGCGCUUCUCAACAUCUCAGUGCAACAGGAGCGAGUCGUCAAAUCGAUCAGGCAUCACCGACGGUGUCAAAACUUGGAGAAAGUGUCAGUCAGUUUCGAGGAAUCGACGCAAAGCAGUCAGUCGGAUCGACGGAAAGCUCGUCGAGACCACUAGCAGUGCAUUUUGUAGCGCAUACGUUAGCUGUCAAUCCUGCAUAUAUACCAUGGGUCGGAGAAAAAAGUCCGAAAGCAGAAGGCUUGUUAAGUCUGACAAUGGAUUGGCUAUUGGCUGCAGCACGCGCAAAAAGCGAACACAAAGGAAGGAAUGAUGUAGUUGAUGAUGUGAUAGCCAGCUUGUCGCUACAUUCGGUGGAUUUGGAUGAAUUGCCUGAGGCUAUGAUUGCUGGCAAUAACGCCGGUAAGCGGCGAAGUAUUGCAAGUUCAUGCUCAUCAAUGACGGGUGACUCUCUCAAGGGUGACAAUAACAGCAGUGUGUUUGCUGGCCCUGGCGUCACAGAAGGCAUCGACGGCGUUUCAGCUGGUCGAGCUGCGGCCAUAGCCACACUUACAAGGAUAAUCUGUUCGAAACGAACCAAUGAGAAGCUACCCAAUGAACAAUUAGGCAAAUUUUUGGCGACUGUACAUGAUGCGCUAAUAGAGAAGGAUCGGCUUGUUCUCUGUUCGUUAUUCUUCUAUGGGCAAAAUCUGUUUCGAUUGGGACUCUAUGGUGUUGAAGCAAUUUUACCCCAUUAUCUAUAUGCAUUGGAUAUAAUCCUUAUAGAGAGCUCUAAGCUCAGAUUGCAUCCAUCCAUUCCUGAAGUGGAUAUGCGGCGAGCAUGCCUUCGGAUACUCUCCUCUGUUAUCUGCUGGCCGACGACCUUCGGGAUGAGUAAAAUACCGCAGUUGAUGGAAAGUGCCAAUUUGAAGUCAUCCGCUACCACAUAUCUGCAACUGCGGCCGAGAAUCUAUAAGACUUUGGUCUUCAAUUUAAGACAUGAAACUGAUCCGGCCAAUUUGCAUUUGACGUUAUCUAUGUGCACUGUCUUUGUGGAAGAAAGCUGUGCAUUUGAUCUCGGCUUAACUGAAGAGCAAACAGCGGAAAUGAUUAAAAUGACAUCACAGCAGCAUGGACAACAUCAAACACCGGAAAAAGGACUAUGUGUUUCCUUCGUAAGAGGGAUGGUAUCAGCUAUAUGUGAUCGACUAUGUCGCCCUGAAUGGACUAAUGAACAUUCGGUAUCGUUGGCUGCUAUAGAUGUGCUGAACUGUUUCUCACAAUUAAAUCCCACAGUUUUGUUCAAAGAUAAAGAUGUUUCUACCGGAUCUCUCAUAGUUGCUUCGCUUUGUCGAUUUAUCGACACGCAAUUGCAUAAACCACCUCCGUGCCAUUCUAAGGAUCUGCAUUCCACUAUCGUCGCAGCUUAUGGUUCCAUAGCAGUAUGGUUGAAUGCCGCUCCACUCUUGGCUGAGUGUGAAAGUAUACUUAAUACAGUAGGUGAAGUUAUACAGUUAGGAGUGACGGGUUCGAAGAAGAAAGAAGCUUUUCCUGAAGACUCUAAAGCAUCAAGUAAACGCGCCUUCGAUGCGGCCGAAUACUUAUUGUAUAACUUGUUUUUUGUAGUGGGUCGAAGUGGUCAAGCUAUAUGUGAUGAACGUCGACUCCUUUACCUAUAUGGACCAGCUGCCAUUGACACCACUAAGUUCCUGCAUGUGUUGGUAAACGGGGAGGUAUUGCUGUCGUUGCAUGAAGCUUCACAUAUACCUGAAUUGGCUAAUGGAUGCCCGUGUGUAAUCUAUGUAAGGCGUUCGAUAUUGCAGCCAGCUAUAGCCGGUGUGGCACGAUUGCGACCGCAUCCUGAAGGUUAUCAUCCUGAGCAGCAGCCACCACCUACUCCAAUGCCGAACAAGUUUGAGCAGGUCAAGAAAGAGCUCUCCGCUAAGCCAUCGGAUGCGGCAUCUAUGACGUCAUCUGCUGCAGCGUCCGUUACAAGUGGUGCGUCGUCGACCACCUUAUCCAGUGUAGCAACAAAUCGCUCGGUGGCUGCAGGCUCCGUGAGUGGUGUCUCAACCGCCAGCGUGGAAUCAAGUCGAACUCUCGCUGUCUCACCAGCUGCUUCGUCUGAGACUCGCUCAACGAGGUCAACUGCGUCUGCACCUCAAUUAACGCAAGGUGCUAAGAUUCCACAUGCGCAACCACCUGCUGAUGCUGCAAUAGGGCAGUUCUUUGAUAUACCUCCGGAAUUCUACAAGGUCACCUGUAAACUUGACACGUCUGUGAGACCAUUGGAGCGCAUAAAAGAGACAGAUGUGAUUGAAGAUGAACUUCGAAAGAUUGAUGCUGAGAAACCAGAAGAAAAAGCUCGACGUGAACGGAACCGAUGGACGAUGUUGAGUACCGAAGAAAGACGUGUGAAGCCAGCUUUAAGUCCUGCAACAUGCAAAUCCGUCCGAAUUCUCCUUUAUGACAUGGGUCUCGUGGAUCGGGAUGCAUUUGGUAAAGACAUCAUUUGUUUGGACAGCGGUCAAAGUGCUGACUUCUAUCGUGAUUUGCACGAAGCUGUGGAUAGCGCUCCACCACGAGCUUUGCAUACUGCGUUCAUAUUUUAUGUAAAAGAAGGCCAGCGAUCCGCUGUUGAUAUUUUGGAUAAUGCGCUCAAUGUACAUAAUACAAGGCCAGAAUUUUGCGGUUUUUUGUCAGAGUUAGGUGAAGGCAUUGAGAUUGGUCUGCACGACUCAUGGACCGGCCACUGGUCAACGGCGUUUAGCAGUGAACGAAAACCUCUGGAAGAAUCCGACGCCGUCGAUCAUUACAUACUUGAUGGUGUAACACAUUCGCUAUGGUGGGCAGGUGCAGGAUAUGAAUUAGCAUUUGUUCUUCCUACCGAACGCAGCUUACGAGUGUUCAAACAGGAUCUGGCAUCGCCGGCAACUAGUUCUAGACGUGGCUCCAGCAAGACACCUUCAGCGUUGUCUGUCUCAUCUGACGAAGCUAAAGCUGAUUCGGCAUCACACUCGGAGGUGUUCCCUGAUGCUGGACGCAAAAGAGGCACCUCGACGACAGGAAGUGAACGCGAUGGUCUCCUAUCUUAUGGUGGAGGUGGUUCAAGCAUGGGCAACGCGCCACCAUCAAGAAGAAGCUCGAAUUUGCGAGUAAUGGUUGUGUGGCUAGAAAGAGCCGAGGACAUGUUGCAUUUCCCUGUUGAUGAGCUACUUAGUGCGUGUGAUGAUGGAGGAGAAAAACCGUCUGCGUCUGGAGUUGAAAGAAUAGCACAUUUGGUAAUAUUCAUACAUCAGGUUGAACCAGGUUUGGUCCAUAUUCGUACAAAAGGAUCAACGAACAGGUUUGGUGAAGUGGGACCGUUGUGUGAUUCUAUGGCCGUAUCCUUACCAUCCCUUCCGUCUUUUGUACGACUUACGGUACUGAACAUCGUUAGACGUAAUGUAGCCGAGAUGGAUAAUUAUCAGUUCACGCACGUUAAAAGGAGGCAAGCUAUCAUUGAAUUUGCCAAAAAAUAUACGGCAAAUUUAACCUAUGAAGAUUUUCUACUACGCUUGAUGUCUUUGUAAUCUUCUUUUUUCGAUGGUCAUUGCAAUCAGGGUUUAUAUCCAUCUCGAUUUCUACAUAUUUGUAUCACUCACAAUUAUCAACUUUUUUCCCAGUUUUACGUCUGUACCGACUUGAUCACAUAUGAUCAGAAUUCCAUAGUAUGAGCUUGAAUAAGCGUAUUAUGUACAGGUUAGCCAGAAAUCAACCAACAUGCAAUAAUUGCUAUAUAUUUGCGUUCUGAUAUUUUUCUGAUUCAUGGACGAGGAAGUAAAACUCUACUUUCUCAAAUUAUGCUUUGAUGCUAAGAAAUACGUCGGAGUGUUAGCAUGUGCAGGUUACGAAGUGCAAAGAAAUACUUUAUUCUAAUGGAUUGAUCUGUUCUUGGUGAUUUUCUAACUCUUGUUGAUGCUUGCAUUUGUUGUUGGAAUUGUUAUGUUACUACUAAUUCAUUAGUUUAUUAUCGUAAAUUAUGCUUGCAUUACAUAUGUGGUCAAAUAAUGUGGCUUUUGCGUAAUGCCUAGCCUUAACCUCGGUGCCUUUGCUGCAAUCACAUUGUCUUGACAUGUGUAGCUAGAGAUGCUAUUCAGAUUUUUGACGAUCGCUUUUUGUUGUUCUUCCCCUCAGCUAAUUUAUUUUUUCACACAUUUUGUCUAACUUCGUCCCUGAAUCACAUUGGUUAUCGAAACUGUGAUGUACAAUAAAUGUGAUAUUUUU